UUUCAGGAGUUUGGAGACCAAGAGACGCAUCAAAUCUUCUGCCUUCUCUCUCUAUUUUCAAAUUCGAGCUUGAUCGCAUCAAGAAUUCGCCACUCCAUCUAAUCGCAAGUGAUAAUAAACUUUAUUAUUCCAGACUUUGCAGCUUGACGCUUCAAUUCAAGCUUUAUCAGAUCCUGGGGCCAAAUCAUGGACCACAACCAUUUAAACGAUGACAAGUGUGAAAGCAGGCUUUACAUUGGUAACCUUGAUCUGAGGAUAACUGAGGCUGCUCUUAUUAAGAUGUUUUCUCCAUUUGGAAAGAUUGUAUCAGAAGACUUUCUUUGGCAUAAUCGUGGCCCAAAGCGUGGAGAACCUCGUGGCUAUGCUUUUAUCCAGUUCAGCACCAAAGAGGAGGCUGAAUUGGCCAAGGAGAAGAUGCAUGGGAGAAUGGCUUGUGGCCGCCCUUUGGUUGUUCGUCUCGCCAGCGAGAAGUACACGAGCGAAGUAGCGGCUAAUUCUUCCAAGGCUGUUGGUGAUGCAAGCAGAUCAAGCCUUUCUGCUAGCGGUUCAGGACAAAUCAGUCGAAGUGCUAAAAUAGCUGCAAUAAAGAACAAGUUAAAGGCCAUGGAGGAAGAGAGCCAUAACUCCAAAAAACAGAAGCAGGGUGACGUCUCUACUAAUAAUCUUGAAAGCCCUUCAUCUGUGAAAAGAUAGUAGACUAAAGAAACUAAUAUGGCAUCCUUGUCCAUCUUUGCUUCAUGUCAUGUCUAAGGAUUUAAUGAAUACCCAGAUUCUGUGUAUAUACACUUUCAAGUCACGGGAAAUUAUUGACUUUGUAACUCAAUUUAGAAAGCAGAAAUUCUUGACAUUA